CUGCACAUCACUACCAACGCCGACCCGCAUUUUAUAUAAACUGCUCGAGAGAAAAAGCAAGAAAGGAAGCAGAAAACCCAUUUUGCCGAUGAAGUCCGCGUGAAGCCAAAGGCCCUCCUCCGCCCGUGCGCGACCACACGAUCGCUACUCGUUGCGUAUUUAAGGAAAGGGGAACAAGCCCCCCGCCCGCUCGCUUUCGUACAGAGAUCACCGAGAUCUUGUCGGUGAAAAUUUUUGCGUGUUUCAAUUAUUACAGAUUUGUUUUUGUUUUUGUUUCUGUCAAUAAAGAAGAGAGAGAGAGAGAGAGGGAGGAUUAUAUCGUUCGGUGGAAUUCAACCGUGCGUGGCGUUACCACACCCUCGAUGACAACCUUAGUUGCCAAGAUAGCCGGAGUCUCCAAGCCAAAAAGCCCUACCCUCUUUAGCUUGGCGUGUCUCUGAUUCUUGGAGGUGCGGUCGUCAUGGAAGGUGAAGGAGGUGGGGAGAGGAAGAGGGGCGUGGCGGUGGAGAGGCCCUACAAGGGAAUAAGGAUGAGGAAGUGGGGCAAGUGGGUGGCCGAGAUUAGGGAGCCCAACAAGAGGUCCAGGAUCUGGCUCGGCUCCUACUCGACCCCGGUCGCGGCGGCCAGGGCCUACGACACGGCGGUGUUCUACCUCCGGGGCCCGUCGGCGAGGCUGAAUUUCCCGGAGUCCGUGGCGGCGGCGGCGGCGGCGGCGGAGGAGGAGGGGGAGGCGGGAGGGGGCGACAUGUCGGCGGACACCAUCAGGAAGAAGGCGGCGGAGGUCGGGGCUCGGGUCGACGCCGCGCUGAUAAGCAGCGAGAUGAAGCGAGAGGCUGACGAUAAGGAGGGGGGCGAUGAUGAUCAGUUCAAGAAGUGCGUUGGGGUUUUGGAGAGGGUUGAUCUGAACAAGAUGCCGGAGGAUCCUGAGGACUCGUGAUGAUCGCCAAAAGGACGUGCUGGGGUUAGAGAGUAAGAGGAUGAUCUCUCUCUCGCUCUCUCUCUCUCUCUCUCUCGAAUUACGAUCACGGGGCAUGCGCUUGGUUUAGGUCAGCCUUCUGCAUGCAGUUGUAACGAGGGUUUUAGAUGCUACUUUGCUGCUAGUAAUUCACUGGGUUGUGAAUGGCUUAAGGAGAUGAUGAGGCUUAUAUUAGAUGAGUUAGAUAGUCUAUAGUAGUACUAUAAUCAAUCUUGUUAGCCCCUUUCUAGUUAGCUCUUUGGGGUUCUGAUCAUCAAAGAAUUUUGAUGGUGUAAGAGGGAAAGAGAAGGUGAAAUGUAAAUUAAUUAGCUGGGUUUGAUGCAGAGUCAUCUUCUUCCUAAUCUAUGCCUCUCUCUCUCUUUCUUCACUGAUCA